GGCGGCCGCUGAUGAUCUCACCCGACAAGUGUGUCCCACUAUUUUUGCGAAUUAUAGCAACUUCAUUUAUCCCCUCGGAACACGGAUAUAUGCAGACUAAAUUAUCUAGAAUUCCCCAUACAUAGCCAGAAGCAUUCUGCUAUGUCGAAACAAUAUCUAUCCUGUGGAUCGGCAGAUGAUGCACACGCCGCUGAUAUUUUCUCUCUGGCUGUCACCGAUAAGCAGAUAUUGUCAGCUUCCGGUGUCUCUGCUCUCAAAGUUCAUUCGACAGCCGACCCUGAUUUCCCGUUGGUACAAUCAAUUGAUGGGGCCCAUAAAGCUGGGUGCCAUCAUGUGGUAACCAAUGGAAGUGGGUCGAGAGCAGUAAGUGUUGGCUUUGGAGGUGAGAUCAGGGUUUGGUCCUGUCAUAAUGGGACCUGGUCCGAAGAUGAGACAGCCUUAGCCGGUAGCACAAAACCUACUGAUACUUGGGCAAUUGCCUUGUCAGAGGAUGGUCAGUAUCUUGCCGGUGUAAGCCAAGAUGGACACAUUAGAGUGUGGGAUUUGAGUGCCAAUGGCGAACAAAUACGUGACUAUGAAACUAAAGGUAGCUUUGGUACCUGCAUUGACAUGUCGGCAGAUGGUCGUUUCAUAGCCAGCGGGCAUGAGAAUGGUAGCGUCUACAUCUUUAGCACGGAAACUGGUCGUAUGCCGUUUAGUUUAUCCGGACUAGUGAAGCCCUUAAGAGCUGUUGCAUUUUCUCCCGGGGGAAAGUUCCUCGCAGCUGCUGGAGACUCUAAAGUGAUAGUGCUAUAUGAUACUGCGUCUGGUGAGCAGGUGGCUAACCUCUCAGGGCACUCGGCAUGGGUCCUGUCUCUUUCCUGGAGCCAUACAGGAGAACAUCUCUUAAGCGGAUCAUUCGAUGGAAAAGUCAAAGUCUGGUCUAUCGACACCAGAACAUGUGUUGCAACUCAUUCUGAAACGGAGAGGGCCGUUUGGAACGUCAGAUGGCUACCGAAGAUUGGAAAGUCAGAAGGAUUUGCCACGGCCGGUGCAAAUCGUAACAUAUCAUUCUACAGGGAAGCUACUGGCGGCUGAUAUCUAGACACAUGCAAUCUGUAUGAGAUUUUCUUUGCAAUUUUCACAGCCAGCAAACCAGCCUACGGUCUGCUGAUUGUGCGGAAACCAUUCUGCAAUGUAUUUCUCCC